UUUAAAUAUCAAAGUUAUAGAUGCCACCAAAGAAUGUAGCCAUUCGUUAUUUCCAAGAUGCAGCUCCACCUUCUCGUUAACAUUUUUGGGUCUUUUCGGAAAAGUAAAUCUUCAGCGUUUCUACUCAGUUUCGGAUUCCGGAGUCAGGAGUGAAUGAAACAGUCAGUGUGGAUGACAAUUUGACCAUAUAUUUUAAUGGUCACAGAAACUCAAACGAACAAUCUCAAUAUGGUACUACAUGUGAGCGUGUGUUUUGUGAUCUCUCUAAUGGUUUCAUGGACGGACGCCUUUACGGAAAGCUGUAAUGCCUCUUUGUUGACCAUUAAACACGUAACUGAAUGUCCAACCGACAAAGAAUCAUACGAGAAGGCAGAAAAUAUGAAGAACUGCAGCUCUAUUUCUGAAUCAUGCAAAAAAAGAGUCCAGUACCAUUGUGUUUUAAAUUCAGAACUAAAUGGGUUGGUGGAAGUCUGCGCAACAUCGAUUAAUAUAUUUGGUAGAGCAUGUGCUAAGUUUGAUGAAAAUCUCAAGGGUAUAAUAAGAGUGGAUGGUUUGGAAUGUCAGAAUUUUUCGUCACCAUGCCCAAUAUCUUACAAUUCAACUGAAACGUACAAAUAUCCUGGGUGUUUUGAUGUUCGUUUGACGACUGUUUCAACCUUUACUUCAACAUCUUGGGAAGAUUUAGGAAGUUCAAAGAACAGUGUUAUUUCUGCACGAAAUGAUCAACAAAGUGGCGUUCCGAUAGUUCCGAUAGUUUUGGGUGUGAUUUUUGCACUUGCACUGUUUACUGUCAUUCUGGCUAUUUAUAUUCUUCGGAGAAAACAAAAGCUUUGUUUCAAAACUGUGGAAGAUAGGAUUGAAGAAAGAGAAGUUGCACUUCAAGAAAAUAGAAAGAACGCUAAGAUAAAAGCAGUAGUUUAUACAGAAGUACAAGAAAAGAAAAAGUUAUUGGAGACUGCAGUUAAUUUCCUGUUAGAGAGUUUAAAAAAUACAAACGAUGGCUGGACAAAGAAAACCAUCACCGAGCAAGUGGAUAACACAAUUAAUAAAAUUCAGGAAGCUGGAGACAGAGAACUUUUGAAAACAUUUAUCAUAAAAUUGACCAAGGAUCCAGACAUUCAAAAGAGUUUAAUUCCUAUCGGUGCAGAAAUGUGUCAAUUGCUUUUAUCUGUCCAAGAUAAAUACGAAGCAACAAAAAGUACUUUAGAGAAAGGAUGUAUUAGUCUUGUUUUAUAUUUUGAUGAUGACAACUGCCUUAAGAAAUUUGUGAAAGACUUCGAGACGAGAGAUGUGGAUUUUAUCAAAUGUAUUUCAAAACUUUUACUGAAUAAAAAUUUCCUAAGUAUCUUCCAAAUACAUCCAGAAAUUGUCAAGUGGAAAACAUCUACAGUAAAAAUUUUUCAAGGAUCUGAACAGUUGGACGAAAUUAAUCUUGAGAGACCCAUAAUUGGAACAUACAAAGAUUUUACAGAAGAUAUUGAAGAAAUAAAACAGAUGGGAGGUUAUCUGCAAAUGCGUUGUAACAAUUAUGACCACUUUGUACCCGACGAAAUUUAA